UGCUUCUUCACCUUUCUACCCAUUUUCAUUUUUCAAAUACCGCCAAAAGGACACUUUCAUUUGCCAGUCAUUUGCCAUGUCUACGUCCGACGAGCUCAAGUCACUUGGAAACAAGGCCUUCGCCGCAGGUAGCCACGAGGAGGCUAUCAACCAUUUCACAAAGGCCAUUGAAAUUGACCCGACAAACCAUGUUCUGUACUCGAACCGGUCCGCCUCACUCGCCUCGCUGAAGCGGUACGCCGAGGCGCUGAAGGACGCAGAGAAGACGGUCGAGAUCAAGCCGUGGCCACGUACGAGGAGGGUCUGAAGCACGACCCGUCAAAUGCGAUGCUGCAGAAGGGUCUGCGCGAUACCGAGCUCUCGCCUUUCCUGGCCCAGCCCGACUACGUGCAGAAGGUGCAGGCGAUCCAGG